AGAUAAACACUUUCAUCAUUAUGCCUCUGUACAAACAAUGGUUAGCACUUGACAGGUCUUUAGGAACAGCUCUGCCGUUGGCACAAAUGAUUGAUGGGUUUGAAGCAGGUGUUUACAUAACGUGUAGGCUCCAAGUAAGCGCUCGGCGUGCGUGUAGGUGUGUUGUUUGAUAUAAAGGGGUACAGUAAUUGCGCUGGUUCAUGUGCGGCUGAGCCCACACCCUCCGCGUGUGUGGGUGUAGUUGGUCGUAGCUUUAGCCGGAGGUGUAGGCGAGUUGAAGCUCACCCCGAAUGGAGAUUAUAUUCUCGGCACGUAAGACUGCCAGAGAGCCACAGGGAGAGAAGAAAAGACAGGAAAGCGAGGCAGAACAGGGGGAGAUUUCUGUGCUUGUAGGCCGGGCGGCUCAGAGGAGAAAUGGCUGCCUGUGGAUGACUCAUACCCCAGCAUUCCCAGCGUUUGUCAAGGAGACUGAAUCAUACAAGCUUUCUCUCUGCUUCCUCGGCCAGCCCGGAUGCCGCACGAGGCUGCGGACAUGCUGAGGCUGGUGGCACGGCCCGGUCUCCGUCCUUCUGAGCGUGCCCGGGAGACGGUCGCCACGCUGAUGCUGUGAGAUACGCAGGGAUGGCAGAGCAUAGCCGUGACAGUUACAUCGUGCGCGUCAAAGCGGUGGUUAUGACCCGAGAUGACUCGAGUGGAGGAUGGCUGGCACAGGAAGGAGGUGGUCUCAGCAGGGUGGGCGUCUGUAAGGUGAUGCCCGCUGAGCUGACCGGCCGCAGCGACUUCCUCAUCCACGGCGAGCGCCUCAAAGACAAGCAGGUGAUCUUGGAAUGUUUCGUGAAGAAGGAUCUAGUCUACACAAAGGCCACGCCCACAUUUCACCACUGGAAGGUCGACAAUAAAAAAUGUGGCCUGACGUUCCAGAGCCCCGCCGAUGCCCGUGCCUUCGACAGAGGUGUGCGGAAAGCCCUGGAGGACUUAAUGGAGGGCUCCACAACUUCCUCUUCAACACUCCAAAAUGAGGCUGAACUUGGGGAUGACGAUGUGUUCACAACCGCCACUGAUAGUUCUUCAAAUUCGUCUCAGAAGAAGGAACAUACAACUCAAAUGGUGGCCACCUCCACGUUUUACGAGCCGCACCAACACCGCUGCAUCCUGCAGUGCCGGCCCCAUGAGCGCUACAGUCUGGAGCAGGUGCGUGAAGAGCUGGAGACUAUUCAAACAACUCAAAAGUUCUCCAGGAACCUCUUUCCAUUUGAGGAUGAGGAGAUAGUCCGCAUCAAUCCCCGCGAACGCUGGGUUAUCACGGGCUACGAAGACUACCGAUACGCCGCCGUACCGGACAAGUUCAACCAGCCCGAUGACUCGGACUCGUACGUUCACAUCGGCAAGAACGAACCCUUAAAGCACGACUACAAUUACCCCUACGUGCCCAGCUCGGACUUCAGCCAGUGUGACAUCAAGAGCCACCGCGCAGGCACAGAGGGCGGAGUGGUGGCUGCCCAACCGCGGCCUUUCAAGUUCAAAGGCAAGCGAAGGAAAGAGGACGGCGAGCGAUCGCGUUGCGUCUACUGCCGGGACAUGUUUAACCACGAGGAGAACCGGCGCGGGCAGUGCCACGACGCCCCGGACCCCAUCCGGACCUGCAUCCACCGGGUCAGCUUCAUGUGGUGCGCGGACAGCAUGCUUUACCACUGCAUGUCCGACCCGGAGGGCGAUUACUCCGACCCGUGCUCUUGCGACACAGGCGAGGAACGUUUUUGUUUGCGCUGGAUGGCCCUGCUGGGUUUGUCGCUGUUGGCGCCCUGUCUGUGCUGCUACCCGCCGCUGCACGUGUGCCACCGCUGCGGCGUGGCCUGCGGCUGCUGCGGGGGGAAGCACAAGGCCGUCGGCUGAGCCCACCACCGCCCGCCCGUCCUCCUUCCCUCCCGAACGAACCUUACGUAGGCCUCUUAGAACGCAAGCACUGAGGAGGGCAGGAGUGGAAAUCACGGUCGGCUCGCUGGAGCUUUUCUGGUUCCGGAAAGAAUUGGUGCAUUUAACUGGCUUGAAAAACUUUUUCUGCUCUUUCGUUUUGGUUAUAUAAAAAUAUAUAUAUAAAUAUAUAAGAAUAUAUAUGUUUAUAUAUAUGUAUAUGUUCUUUUCUUCCUCUUUUAUUGUGGAUGUUUCUUUCGAUUUCGUGCAAACGAAAUUACCCUUCUUGUCAGGUGGCUCUCGGAGCCCAUGUGUCAUGCAUCACUUAUGCAGGUACUUUAUAUUUUUUACACUGAUUUUACGUUUCAAGAACUUGAAUCGCUUGUUAUUUUAAUGUCGUGUGUGCUCGAUUUGACCAUCCAUCGUUUUGAUUUUGUGUUGGUUCGGUGUGGCCGGCAAAGGGAGGUUAUAGCUGUUUACUCUUCCUGAGCGGCUCCUUAGAUGAACCGACAUUUAUAUCCCAAGCCCUUUAACCAUUAAAGGUGCUCUAAGCGAAUUGAAGCGUUCUAGACCAUAAAACAUUUUUUGUUACAUACCGGAAACAUCUACUCACUAUCUGCUUGCUGCCUGUCCGCUGAUCAAACUGUAAAAAAACGCGAUCUCUGUAGACAGCCCAGGCUUCACAAACGGCAAUAUCAACAAAUGGCCAAACCUAGCAAUCCCAAAACAAAACAAAGUAUUCCAGCCAAUAAACGACAAGAAGGAUUUGGGGGUGGGGGUUGGGCGCGUUCAUGAAAGCACGGAAGGGAGGGGGAGGGUGAGGAGUUAGCUACGCUCCGUCUGUUUGAAAACAGUUCAAACAUCAACAGGAAGUGACGUCGCACAUUAUUCGCUUAGAGCGCCUUUAAGAACAAUAACAUUGAGAUUAGCUUGAGACACUAAAUCUGUAGUUGGGUGGAGUGACUGGGUUUCGAAUGCAAGAGUGGAUUUUUACUGAGUUUGAAGGAGAGAGUAUGUUGAUGCUUGUGUGUGUGUGUUUGUGUGUUGUAAAGGAAUGAUAACAUUGUAUCACAGCAUAGUAUUGUUGUUAUUAUUAUAUUUAAGCCAAAUUUACAUAAGCUGCAUUGAUUAUGUAUUGAGUAUAUGUAAAUACUGUAUACUCGUAUGUAUAUGUUUAAAAAUCGAAUUAUUGUAAUCAUCUUCGACAGCCACAGAUGUGCUCCGGCCGUUUUCCUUACUCUUUUGACUUUUUCGACGUAAGGGUGGCUUUUAAGUUAAAGCGUAUUUCAGAUCCAAAGAUUAUUUUUGUCAUAUUUAUUUUCACGGUAAAUCGAAUCACCAGCCAAAGGGAGGAAAAAACUGAGAAAAUUGUUGGGCAGAGACUCACAGCCAUAUGGGAAAGUUGAGUUUCCAGCUAGCUCACACUGCUUACUCUGCAAAAAAAUAUCUUUUUUCUCAUUCAAUAUUUUGUCAUGUUUUCCAGAAAGAAUAUCUGAACAGCCUUGAAACAAAAACACAUAAUAUUGUGCAAUGCAUGGGAUGCACCGAUACAAAAAAAUGCUGAGAUUUAUUUGGUUACUUAGAGUGACAUCAACCGAUACCGAUUGUUGUUUUUAAAUUCUUGUUUCGAAUUAUUACGCCAGAGCAUAAAAACUGCGGAGUGUACAAACUGCAAUUCUGUUGUCAUUGUCACCCAAUUCAUAAUAAUCAAGGGUUUUUCCAACCCUUUUCAUUGUCAGGAUAUAAUCUGCCCUGAUCAUCACCUUUUUUUAAACAACCGGCAAAUGUCUGAUAGUGCUAAAAACUGCAGAUACCGAUAAUAGGCCGAUAUUUUGGUGCAUCCCAAGUGCUUGUUAACAGAGAAUUAUGUAAUUUAUUUUAUGUAUAUUUAUUUUUCUUAGCCCAUUAAAAGACAUUAUGAAAAAAAUCUAAAAUUAGAUAUUUCUAUUUGCCAACGCACUGUACAAAAAAGUUUGUUCAACUAAAAUGUUUUAGUUCAUUCAGCUUAAAAAAUAUUAGCUUUGUAAAAAUUGUUGUUUUUUUAAGUUGAAUUAACUUUUAAGGCAGCCAGGUAACUUACUUAUGUAAGUUGAACCAACUUUUUUUACAGUUUGAGGUUAGUUUACUAACUAAAUUAUCUGUAAACAAGCCUUAAUAUGAAACAUAUUUUUUGCUUCGUAGAAAUGUAUCUGGUUUUACACUGUACAAAGUAAAAGGUUCUACUUAAAAAACUUACUUCAAUUGGUAACACCUAAAAAAUGUAAGUUUAAUAAACUUACUUUUUCUUAUUUUAAGUGAAAAUUUAAGGUGAAAAACAUUUUAUAAAUUAAUUUAUUUGUUAACACCAGGGGUCUCCAACCUUUUUGUGAGCAAGAGCUACCACAAUGGAUAAAACAAUCUGGAGGGCUACUUUUUUUAAAUAGUCAAUACUAAAAACUUUGUACUUUAUCUUGUUGAUUUUAUAUUACUUGUUUUAUCAUUGUUUAAAAUGUUAACAUACAUAAAAGAAGCCAAGCUAAUAUAAAAAUAUGUAAUAAAUAAAUAUUAAAAUUGGGCUAUAAAUAGAAUGUGCUUUGGCCCACAGGCACUACGUUGGGGACGACCAGUUAAAAAAUCUUCAAAUUUCUAGGCGUUACCAAUUGAAGUGAUUUUUAAAUUGAUCCUCUUUAGUGAUUUAGAUAUUUUUACUACAAAACAAGACGAAAAUAUUGAUAAAAAGAUGUUUUGCAGUCUAUUUGAUAUUCUAUGGAGUGGAACACUAAACCUUUCCCUUACUGACAGAUGGCCCAUAAUUUGUCUUUAUGGUAUAGAAAAAUAACAGAAAGAAGGAAGUAAGGAAUAGUUGUCUCAAAGAUGUUUCCAACUCCAAUCCUGUUCUCUGAAACAGAAAAAUAAGCUUGAUUUUAGGGUGCUUUAAAGAGGGACGUUUGCCAAACCGAUCUCCAUUUCCUACAUUACAAUAAUGCUACUUAACGCCUUAAUUUUGUCUUACGAGAGCAAGACUUUAUGAGAACACAGUAAAACGAAUCAGUGCUGUUUCUCAAAGAAGUAAAAAUAAAUAGAUAUUUUUCUAUUCUCUUAAAAUAAAAACAACACCCCAACGCAUAGGCCUUUGUGUUCUAAAAAAUAAAAAUCUUGCUCCAGUUAUUUGUGGGAGUCAAACGGCAUGGUACAAUCUGUGAGAUGGCUCGUAUGUAUCGGGUCUGUCUCCAUCACCUCACCUGACCCUGUGAAGGACUUUAUAGUGCUUUAUGCUAAAUAAAUUGUCGAGCAACAAAGCAUUACUCUGCAUUGAUAUUCAAACUGUAUGUGAGCAUUCAAAUUAAUGUACAGUGUACAUGCAUCAAAUGUUUGUGUUGCCUCAAAUUCAUGUCCUCAGAGGUGCUAUGUUCUCUUAAAAAUAAAGGUUCUUGAGUUUAUCAGUGAAAACCCAGCAAAGAGACACCUGGUUUUUGUCCAGAUGUUUUCUGGAUAACGGUAAAGCUCUUGCAUGUUAUUUUUUGUUUAUACUGGGUCUAGUUUUCAUCUGUUAAACAUGCAAUCCAAGUUAAAUUAAUUUUUCUGCCUAAUAGACAUUCCUUAUUGUCCAAACAAUCUUUCAAAAUUGAACAACUUUCCUCUUACUUUUCAACCCAUCUCCUGGCUCACUUCUGGUGAGCCCACAUUUCACAAUUCAAUUGAUUUCAAUGAAUAAAAUCCAUAUUUUUCAUUCAUUCAAAAAUAUGUAGAAGUAAAAUGGGUUUCAACUCUAAAUCAACCAAAUUAAAUGUUGGGUUAUUUUCAGUCAAGCACUGGGUCAAAAGGGAACGAGCUCAACCCACUGGGUUUUAAUUUCAUCUAUGCUGGGUGGUUUUAACUCACUGUUGGGUUGAAACAUUUGCUGGGUUAAUUUAAUUCAACGACUGGAUUUGUCAAUUUUAACCCAAUGCAUUGGUUAAAAGUAACCCAGUAUUUUUAGAUUGCUGGAUAAAUGUGAAUUAGCUGUAAAGUGCCAUUAUAUGCACACUCUAAAAAUGUCUGGGUUAUUUUUAAACCAUAAUGGCUAAAUAUUGGACGGAACAUACCGCUGGGUUAAAAUCGACUCAAUUCUGGGGGUUUUUAACCCAAUUGUUUGGUUAUUAUAAUAUGCUUGGUUAUUAGACAUGUGUUCUGUCCAAUAUUUACCCCUUAUGGGUCAAAAAUAACCCAGACAGUGGGGUACAAGUUUGUGCAAAACCUUAUGAUUCAUGUUAUCCCAAACCUCAAGUCUGCCUACUUUUAAAAACGAAUAAUUUUUUCUGGAACCUUUAUUUUUAAGAGUGUAGAUGUGAUACUGUGUGUUGAAUUAAGUGUAAAGACAUCUAAUUUAUGUAGAGACCCCCUGUCAUUCACUGGAGUCUUUUUUUGGUGGGCGACGGAGAGGAAACAGAUCUAAUGCCUCACUGUGUCUUUCAUUUACCACGUGUCAUUUCUGUAUCUGAAUCUGUCAGCUUCUGCAAAUACCAGUGUCAUUCAAGUUUAGAGAAGAGCUGAAUUUUAUUUUUCUAUCUGUGGUAAUGAAACAUUAACCCAAAGCAUUCUCUAUAUGUGCAUCUGUCCUGGUGAAACAUCUCUCUAACCACACACAUUUACCUGUUUAAGAAGUGCCUGAAACAUAUUGUUAAUCUCUCUCCUUGUAUAUGAAAACUGAAAAGAAACCGACAAAAAUUAAAUAAACCCUAUUGUAUUGAUUAGUUUUGUUUUUUACGAUCCGAAUUUUUACCUCUGUAAAAAGGCGAAAAGAUCUAUAUCGAGUGUAUGAUGUACAUUUUUAUUUCUAUUUUUUUUAAUCGUUUCUAACAUGUAAGAUCAAUGUAGCUCCUGCUUUUAGGAACAGAUGGGAUGAAAAGAACGGACUCUGUAAAUACAAGCUGAUCAUAUCGGAGCUACGUGACGGCCUGGCCGCUGUGUAGAUCUACAUGUUUGUCAUAGGUCCCAAUAAAAAUGAAAGAAACCA